AUGUCCUUUCGACCACCAAGAUAUGCAAGUGCUGGUCGAUACCCAGUACGAGGACCUACAUUUAUUCCUAAAGCGCCCGCACCUGCUGGCGGUCCUGGCGUAAGCUCUGGUGUUCUCGGUUUAAUCGGCGGUUUAGCUACUCCGAUUCUUUGUCUUGGCUGUCUAGCAACAAUGGCUGUUCUUGGACUUUUCGCCACUAUGAUAGGUGCUGCAGCCUAUAUGAACGGAAUUCAAAGUCAACUACGUAAAAGUAUUCAAGGUGCUGGAACGACGAUUGAACUCAAUAUUUUAGUGCUUAUGUGUGCUCUUCUAUGUUCUAUCUAUGUAUUAACAAAACAUCGACGAGGUGCUGCCAUUAGCUGUUGA